UUGUGGAUUCAGAGGCAAACAAAUAAAUAGAUUCUGUAUAAGUUUGUAGUGAAUAGGUGUAAACAUGUCUUUAGUAUGUUCGUCUGAUCCAAGAGAGAAACAUUUUGCACAGUCUUGUGUCUUGGUUUCGGCUGGUUAUGGGACUGUGUGUGCCUUUUUGAGCGGUGGUGGAGGUGAAAGGAGAGGCUGACAGGUACGCACAGAGAAAAGGAAGGGAGGUAAACACAAGAGGAGAGAAGUGAAAGAAAGUGGCCCAAAACUCUGCAGCAAGCUGAUUUUCUACUUUGGACUGGCCCUGCUCCGGACUCUAAGCCCAUCAGCCUGCCUGGGACUGAAUGGUCCAGAAAGGCCAAAGGUCCAUUCUGCUAUGCCUCUCCUUAGUGGCUCCUCCUAGGUGAGAUAACCAGCUCUCUAGCCUCUCUGGGAUCCAGCUUCCGCUCUGCCUGAAGCCUCGCAGAGAUCUGGAGGACUCGACUCGUGCAGCCAGUACAGAGGGAUCAGCACCAAGAGGCUUAUAACUCAAGACAGGACUAACAGGAAAUUCUUAUGAAGGUACACAAAGCAGAAGCUACUAUGGAGAGUCAUGUCACACAGAUUUCCAGAGAUGACCUCGAGGAUCUCAGAGAUGCCUUUAAUAGAAUUGAUAUUGAUAACAGCGGCUUCGUGAGCGACUUUGAGCUCCAGGAGCUGUUCAGAGAGGCGCGUUUCUCCCUGCCGGGGUACAAAGUGCGAGAGAUCAUCGAGAUGUUCAUCGCUGGAGACACCAACAAGGACGAGAAGAUCAGCUUUGACGAAUUUGUUUCUAUCUAUCAAGAACUGAAGAGCAAGGAGCUCAGCGAGACGUUUAGGAAAACCGUGACAAGGAGAGAUGGGAUCCGUUCCUUCGGAGGAAUGUCAGGAAACUCCAGCGAGGGAACGCAGCACUCCUACUCUGAUGAGGAGAAGGUGGCAUUUGUCAACUGGAUUAACAAAGCCCUGGCAAAAGACAAAGACUGCCAACACCUGCUGCCCAUGAACCCUGACGAUGAAAGCCUCUUCACCUCUGUUCGUGAUGGCAUCCUGUUAUGCAAAAUGAUCAACCUGUCUCAGCCUGACACGAUUGACGAAAGAGUCAUCAACACUAAGAAACUUGCCACUUUUACAAUGACAGAGAAUCUGGUCCUAGCACUGAACUCAGCUUCAGCGAUCGGCUGUAUGGUGGUGAGCAUUGACGCCCAUGAUCUGAUGGCUGGGAAACCCCACCUGGUUCUGGGCCUGCUCUGGCAGAUUAUCAAGGUCGGCCUCUUUGCUGAUAUAGAAAUCAGCAGGAACGAAGGUCUGAUUGGCCUUGUGACAGACAAGGAGAAUCUGGACCAUCUGCUGUCUCUCUCCCCUGAGGAGCUGCUGCUCCGCUGGGUCAACCAACAUCUACGCAACGCUGGAACAAACACCAUCAGCAACUUCAGCGAUGAUAUUAAGGACUCACGAGCCUACUUCCACCUGUUGGACCAGAUUGCUCUUCAAGAGGAGCAAGACUACAAAAGGAGCGUCAAAAUCGACAUGAGCGCCAUUAAUGAGCGUGAUUUGGACCGAAGGGCUGAGAUGAUGCUGCGGCAGGCGGCCCGGCUGGAGUGCAGACAGUUUGUGUCUCCUCAUGACGUCACAUCUGGGAACAGCAAACUCAACUUGGCUUUUGUGGCCAACCUGUACAACAUGCAUCCUGGCGUGCAGAAGGCUCAGAUCAAUGGCGGCAACGGCAUAGGAACUGCACACAUAGAGCCUGAGUCCAACGAAGAGAAAACAUUUAGAAACUGGAUGAACUCUCUGGGCGUCUCUCCGCAUGUCAAUCACUUGUUCUGGGACCUGUGUGAUGGUUUGAUCAUCAUGCAGCUUUAUGAGAAGGUUAAUGUGUCUGUGAACUGGAAGAAAGUCAACAACCCACCUUAUCCUGUCCUGGGGGCCAACAUGAAGAAGCUGGAGAACUGUAACUAUGCUGUGGAGCUGGGCAGGGAUGUAGCUCAUUUCUCUCUAGUCGGCAUCGGAGGAGAAAACCUGAACGAGGGGAGCCGAUUGCACACCCUGGCGCUGGUCUGGCAGCUGAUGAGGAGGUACACAGUGUCGGUUUUGUCAGAUCGGGGAGAUGGUGAUAAGGUUGGAGAUCAGAUCAUCCUCAACUGGGUCAACACCACCUUGAGCCACAAACGAAAGGACACACAGAUCAGCAGCUUCAAGGACAAACUGAUCAGCACCAGUCUGCCAGUGAUUGACCUGAUCGACGCCAUCGCUCCCGGUACCGUCAAGUGGAACAUGGUGAAGAGAGCAGAGAGAGGAGUGCUGAAGGAUGCUGAUAAACUCAACAAUGCAAAGUAUGCGAUCUCAUUGGCUCGUAAGAUCGGAGCUCGUGUCUACACGCAGCCGGAAGAUUUGGUGAAAGUAAAUCCCAAGAUGGUGCUGACGCUGUUCGCCUCUCUCAUGGGCCACGGUAUGAAAAAGGCCGACUGCUGAAACAGACAGGAACCAGCCACCUGGAAACCAACCACCAAUAUACAUUUCAUUUCUGUGUGCUUUUCAUUCCCCCCCAUGUUUUUCUCAUCAAUGUAUUUUUUUUCUUUAACCUUUACCUUUCUGUGAUCAGAGCAAGACACUGUUAUUCUCUGUUUCUCUUUUCAUGCAAACAAUAAACGUACUUAAAGUUGUAAAUCAUUUCUCAUCAGCAUUAGCAUUUGUUUGUUGCCUGUGAUUUGACAGAGCAAGCUCCUAAUUGUUCUUUUCUGUGUCAUAUUUGAUAGUGUAUGACAUCUGUUUACUUAUUCUGCUAUAUGAACAGAAAAGGAGAUACAGCAGAAGGAAAAGCAGAAUCACACACGCACCUAUCCUUUUUAUCUGUAAAUGUUGUGCAUUGAAUAUUGCUAUAAAAUUAUUAAAGAGAAUCUAUUAAAUGUAACCAGCGACCUUAUAUGUGUCUGGUUAAAUAAAGAAGAAAACCAAUAUACUCAUGUGGAUUUAGAGACACUGAGCUACAUUUUAGGACAACAUAAAGGGGAGCAUUGGAUGUGAUCCGAUAGUGUCUCGAAAAUUUGGAAAUCCAAAAAAUUGAAUUAUGCUAUGAAGUCCACAAAUACUUAUCUUCUCUUUGGUGACUGGGUCAGUAUAUCUGCAACACACUCAAAAGGGAUUUUGAACGCAACACAAUUUAAACAAAACAAAAAAGUAGCCAAUGUAUGGUGAUGGAAAGUGUACAAUUCUGAGGUACUUGUACUUGAUUAAUUAAAUUUUCUUCUAUAUAACUCCACUGCAUUUCAAAUAUUGUACUCCAAGGAUUUUGUUCCUAAGUACUUUACAGAUCCAGAUUACUAAUGCAACAAUAUUUAUUUACAAAUAAAUUAAGUAUAUAAAACCACCCCACCUUUACUAUCUGCAACAUAAAAAAUAUGCUUACACAUCAAUAAAUUAGUAUCUAUUACAAUCUAUGAAUUGAAUAUUACCUGAUUAUGAUUAUUCUGCAGAGGGAAUACUUACUGGUACUUGUACUUGUACUUUUCCCUAAAUAAAAUGCCU